AUGGCAACUCCGACGCUCAACUUCAUCACGUUUAACCAAGACCAUAGCUGCCUUGCUGUUGGCACCUCCAAAGGCUUCGGCAUCUAUCAUACGGACCCGUUUUCCCGAAUAUUCAGCAGCGAUGACGGAAACAUUGCGAUUAUCGAAAUGCUGUUCUCGACCUCUUUGGUCGCCCUGAUUCUUUCUCCCCGCCAUCUGAUUAUACAAAAUACCAAGAGAGCUUCGGUCAUAUGCGAACUGACCUUCCCAUCCGCCGUCUUGGCCGUCCGACUGAAUCGCAAGCGGCUAGCCGUCGUGCUCGAAGAAGAGAUUUAUUUAUACGACAUAAGCAACAUGAGCCUCCUCUACACCAUCCCUACCUCGCCGAACCCGUCCGCCAUAUGCGCCCUAUCAGCGUCCUCCGAGAAUUGCUACAUCGCAUAUCCUCUCCCUAAACCGAGAGAAGAAUCAGAUAGCAGGCGACCCUCCCACGCUCCGCCGCAGUCCGCAUACGUCGCUCCCACAUCGGGAGAAGUUCUCAUGUUCGACACAUUGACACUGAAGGCUGUCAAUGUCGUAGAAGCCCACCGCUCCCCCUUAUCCUGUAUCAGUCUCAACAGCGAAGGAACGAUGCUAGCAACUGCUAGUGAAACCGGCACUAUCAUUCGAAUAUUUUCAGUGCCUCGGGGCCAGAAGCUCUAUCAGUUCCGACGUGGGACAUAUCCGUCUACCAUUUAUAGCAUGUCGUUUAAUCUCAGUUCAACGCUCUUGUGCGUUUCCUCUGCGUCAGACACUGUACACAUAUUUCGUCUCAGUGCUCCUCCUGGUCAUACCACCCCAGCUGGUGCCCCGAUAGAGUCUCUAGGUUCUCCCAGGCAAGAUCGGUGGUCUCGAGGACGAAGUCACGAUGGUGCGGACUCGCCUAGUAAUAACAGUGCAACAGAAUCCCCAAAAAGUGAAACCGCAGAGCCCGCAGGUAAUGGCGCUGCUCCAGAUUCCAGUUCUCAGCCGGUUAAUCGCAAGCAAAGCGGCUCUUUCAGCAGUAUGCUGCGGCGCUCUUCUCAAAUUAUGGGCCGAGGGGUUGCUGGCGUUGUUGGCUCAUAUCUUCCACAAUCGGUUACUGAGAUGUGGGAACCGCUGCGAGAUUUCGCUUAUAUCAAAAUCCCCAAAACCACUGGGCUCGGUGCUGGAGCUCGUCCACCUGGCCAAGGCUCUAAUCCCCUUCGCAGUGUAGUUGCAAUGAGCAGUAGCAGCCCCCAGGUGAUGGUGGUGACAAGUGACGGAGGCUUUUACGUCUACAAUAUCGAUAUGGAGCAUGGCGGAGAAGGUUAUCUGGUCAAACAAUUUUCGGUUCUUGAAGGGGACAGUAAGAGUGAUCCUUCAGCCUACACAGGCUAA